AUGAGAAACCGUUGGCUUUCAAGUUGCGCGAAUUUACCCAAGGUUUGAAUGAAGAGGCUCCAUAAACAUUCAAUUUUUUUAAAGAUUUAUGGAAAAUAUUUUGGAAUCACUGAAGGUCUCGUCAAAACUCUUGUAAUAAGUGAUGUUGAGAUGAUCAAUGAGGUAUUUGUAAAACAAUUUGAUAACUUCUACGGGAGAAAGUUGGGACCUCUUCACACUGAGCCGGAAAACGAUGAACGAGUUAGUAUGUUUGUGUCACAAGGACAUCGUUGGAAGCGAUUGCGAAACAUCUCGAGUCCAACCUUCUCCAGCAACAGUUUGAGAAAAUUAUUAGGAACUGUGGAGGAUACGGUAUUCCAAAUUCUAGAUCACAUUGACAAAAAAAGAGCAGAUGAUGAUGGUGAUAGACAAAUAAAUAUGCUGGAAAUUUAUCAAGAAUUCACAUUGGAUGUGAUUGGAAGAAUUGCGUUGGGUCAAGAAGGUUCGAAGGUUUUUGAGAAUCCGAUCAUCGAAUUAACCAGGAAUAUUUUUACAAGUGGAAAUCGAUUUAUGUUGACGAUGAUUGCGUUGCUUCCCAAACCAUUAGCUUCGAGAAUUAGAGAUUAUAUCCUGAAGUCAUCAGAAUCCUCAACAAAUCCAGCUGUUCGUGUAAUGUUGCUUAUUCGAAAAGCGGUUGCACAACGAGUUGCACAAAGACAAAAUCGAGCUGGAGAAGAGGAACCCGAAGAUUUUAUAGAUAUGUUUUUGGAUGCUCAAGCUGAUGUUGAUAUUGAUUCAGAGAAUAAUGAAUUCAGUAAAACAACGAUCGGAAAAAUUGACAAAAAACUAACUUUUGACGAGAUUCUUGCACAAUGUUUCACUUUUAUAAUUGCUGGAUUUGAUACAACUGCUUUAUCAUUAUCCUAUGCUACAUAUUCAUUGGCAACAAAUCCGGAAACUAUGCGGAAAGUGCAAGCGGAAAUUGAUGAGCAUUGUAAAAAUCCCGUAAGUUUCUAAUUAGAAGGAAAAAUGAGAUAACCUAAAUUUAAAAUGUUCAGAGUAUCAGCUUUGAUGAUAUAGCCAAACUCAAAUAUUUGGAUAAUGUUGUCAAGGAGACUUUGAGACUUUAUCCAUUGGGAUAUUUGUAAGCUUAAAAAAUGUCAGUCCUCAGAAACCCUAAUUUAUUUCAGAGCUGUUGCUCGAAAAUGUAUGAAAACAACAGAAGUUUGUGGAAUUCGAAUCGAAAAAGAUACAAAUAUUCUAGUUGAUACAUGGAGUGUACAUUAUGAUAAACAAAUUUGGGGAGAAGAUUCGAUGGAAUUUCGACCGGAAAGAUGGAAUGAGCAGCAGCAGAAUAUGAAAAAUGGAGCAAAUUAUUUACCAUUUGGUUUUGGGCCAAGACAAUGUAUUGGAAUGAGAUUGGCUAUGAUGGAAGAGAAAUUGAUUUUGGCGCAUAUUUUGAGAAAAUUUGAUUUUGAAGUUGGAUCGAAGACACAGAUUCCGCUGAAGUUGAUUGGAAGAGCUACGGUUCAACCGGAAUCGGUGUUUUUGAAGUUGAAGGAGAGAGAUUAG